ACCGGCGACUACUGUAGUCAGCCUGUCUGAACGCGGUCUGCCAUUGAGCGUACUGAGCCUUUGCCUGGAACUUUUUUCCUUUUUCGGGAUUUCUUUUUACGAUACAUCAAACAGGACUGGAAAGGUGAAGUUAUAUCCAACACACAGAUCACAUUCCCCCUGGUGUGAGGUCAUCUCUGUUUACAUCCCAGUGUAGUAAUUCCAUUUGUGCUGGUCCCAUGACCAAGAUUACCUAAUGUCCCAUAACCUGCACUUUGGCCUGUUCCAUGUCUGAGAACCGUGACCAACAUCCUUACCUCUACUCAACCCUGGACAGCCGGGAGCUGUCCCGUGAAAGAGUCGGCCUUCAGGUGGAGAAAGGGGAGAUCUCUCCCUGUUCCGCCAUCAGCCAACUUCGCCGCAUGGCCAGCAGUUACAACGAGGGUUGUGGCAGGCGGGAUGGAGACGACCUGGAACCAGAGCUAGGUUUGGCCUCGGAGGGCAGCGACAGCAGCCACGAGCGCCCCACCUCGCCAGGUUCCCCCCACGAUGAGAGGAAGCGGACCCACUUGCACGAAGAUGUCGAGAUGGCUUGUUCAAGUGGGAGCGGGACAGAAUCCCAUGGCAACGAAUCUCAUGGUAAUGAGUCCCACGGUAAUGAAUCUGUGGGCAGCUCCAAUGGAAAUGGGAAGGAUUCUGCUCUCCAUACGUCCUCAGGAAGCAACAAGAGCUCCAACUCUCACAGCCCCUCACCGCCAAGCAGCUCCAAUGCCUUCAGUCUGGUGAGCUCCGAGCAGGACAACCCUUCUACCAGUGGAUGCAGCAGCGAACAGUCAGCCAAAGCGAAGACACAGAAGGAGCUUUUCAAGACUCUCAAGGAGCUAAAGAUGCAUCUUCCCCUUGAAAAGCGAAGCAAGGGCAAGUCCACCACCAUCAACACACUCAAAUAUGCACUGCGCUGUGUCAAGCAGGUGAAAGCCAAUGAGGAGUAUUAUCAAAUGCUGAUGACAAAUGACAGUCAACCGCCUGGUUUUGAAGUCUCAUCUUACACCAUUGAGGAAAUCAACAGCAUCACUUCAGAAUACACCCUCAAAAACACUGAUAUAUUUGCCGUGGCCGUUUCACUCAUCACAGGGAAGAUAGUUUACAUUUCCGACCAGGCAGCGUCCAUCUUAAACUGCAAGCGGGAAGUGUUCCAUAACGCCAAGUUUGUGGAAUUCCUAACGCCGCAGGACGUCAGCGUGUUCUACAGCUUUACCACGCCGUACCGCUUGCCCUCAUGGAGCAUGUGCACCGGAGCAGAGUCGUCUCCCACGGAGUGCAUGCAGGAGAAGUCCUUCUUUUGCCGCAUCAGUGGUGGAAAGGAGCAUUACGGCGACCUGCAGUACUACCCUUUCCGCAUGACUCCUUACCUGAUGAAAGUCCAAGACGCGGAGCUGUCUGAGGAGCAGUUUUGCUGCCUCCUCCUGGCAGAGAGGGUGCACUCUGGUUAUGAAGCUCCCAGAAUCCCUCAUGACAAGCGCAUUUUCACCACCACACAUACACCUAAUUGUGUUUUCCAGGAUGUGGAUGAGAGGGCUGUUCCACUCUUAGGAUACCUUCCCCAAGACUUGAUUGGGACUCCGGUGCUGCUCAAUCUGCAUCCAAAUGACAGACCACUCAUGCUGGCUGUGCAUCGCAGAAUCCUGCAGUGUGCUGGCCAACCAUUUGACCAGUCCUCCAUUCGCUUCUGUGCGAGAAACGGCGAAUACAUCACGGUCGACACCAGCUGGUCCAGCUUCGUUAACCCCUGGAGCCGCAAGGUCUCUUUUGUCAUCGGCAGGCACAAAGUCCGCAUGGGUCCUGUGAACGAAGAUGUUUUUGCAGCAAUGGCUUUCAAUGAAGGGAAGAUGAUGGACUCCGACAUCCAGGAAAUUAGUGAACAGAUCCACAGGCUAUUACUACAACCUGUUCAUAACAUGGGCUCCAGCGGUUACGGUAGCCAUGGCAGCAAUGGUUCACAUGAACAACUGGUGAGCAUCAGCUCGUCCAGUGAAAGCAAUGGGAAUGUCAUGGCGGGAAACGCAACAGAGGAGACGAGCAAAGCCAAGCCCACCCGGACAUUCCAGGAGAUUUGUAAGGGAGUUCACAUGCUGAAGAACCAGGACUCUCAUGGGUGCCUGCGCUCCCCUCCACCCUCGCCUGCUCCCUCCCCGUCCAAACCAGAGCAAAAGAAAACAGCUGACGCAGUCGCUCAAAAGCAUUCAAUGGUGCGUCUGAAGGAAUCAGCACACCCUCUGCAGGCCAGAGACAGUAAUGCAGCCAACAUGGACGACUACACCUGCAAAGACCAGACUGUCUGCUCCUACCAGCAGAUUAGCUGCCUUGACAGUGUCAUCCGUUACCUGGAGAGUUGUAACAUCCCCCUCACAGUGAAAAGAAAAUACCAGUUUUCUUCAAAUACCACCUCCACCAAUUCAGAUGAUGACAAAAAGUGUACUGAGGACGAUGCACAAGUGCCUGGGUGUUCCAACACAGAUUCUUUAAUGCUCGACGGCCAGCCUGGACUUUCAAACAUGAAAGCACCAAAGAAACCUCCAUCAGGGGCAGUUGUGGUUGGCGCCCCUCUGGGACCGCUCCCUUUACCCAGCAAGGCUGAAAGCGUUGUGUCAAUCACAUCUCAGUGUAGCUAUAGCAGCACAAUUGUGCAUGUGGGAGACAAGAAGCCUCAACCGGAGUCUGAAAUAAUUGAGGAUGUGGCCGAGAGCCCUGCACCACCGGCUCCGCCCGUCAGUGUGGUGUCUCCUCUUAGCCAGGAGAAGGAAGCCUACAAGAGGCUGGGACUGACCAAGCAGGUACUGGCAGCCCACACACAGAAAGAGGAGCAGGCCUUCCUAAAUCGCUGCCGAGAGCUGCGUAAUGCUAGGACUUUCCAGAAGGACUGUUCCACGCGCCUGCACAAGCAGAAGGGUCCAGACAAUCCUCAAGAACCUGCUGGACUUUGCGGCGCCGCCAAACAGGGCACCACCAGGCCAGAGACCGUUGCCAAGAAGGGAAACCGCAACAGGAAGUCCAAAAAGCCCCGCAUGAAGCAUCCCGAUUCAUCGGACAGUGCCGAGUCACACCGCAAACCCCGCCCCCCUCUCCAGGGCCUUAACCAAACAUCCUGGUCCCCGUCGGAAGCGUCCCUGUCGGCUUUCAACGUGUCCUACCCAGCAAUGGUGCCUGCCUACCAGCUCUACCCACCAGCACCUGCUGCUGCCCCUGCACAGGUCGCCCAUCCUGACCCCACCCUUUCCACUGGCUUUGUGGAGGGCCCGAGCACACAAGCUCCUCCUGCCGCCACUUCCUUUCCUGCCCCCAUUGUUACGCCUAUGGUGGCUUUGGUGCUACCAAAUUACCUCUUCCCUCAACUUGGACCGAUUGGCCAGAUGGGGGCUGCUCCCAGACCAGCGUUUUUCCCGGAGCAGACGCAGACGCAACCUCAGUUUAACGGCCAGCAACCCUUUCAGCCGCCGCAGCCAGCAUACACCAUGCAAUCUCAACCUCCCUUCACCAGUCAACAGAUUUUCCCGGUGCCGACUGCCUUCCCAACCCAGCCACCUUUCCAGCCUCGCCCGCCGGCCUUCACCCCCCAGCAGACCUUUACCCCCCAGCAGACCUUUACACCCCAGCAGACCUUCACUACCCAGCCAUCUUUCGCUGUGCCGACUCCAUUUGUGGCUCAAGCACCCUAUCCGGCUCAGCCCUUCACUUACAGCCUAAACACACAGCCCCCUAAAGCCGCGGGUGUAGAACCUCGAGAGGGUGCAGCUUCUCGCUCCUCCACCCCUGCAUCAGGUGCACGCGAGCGCACCACAUCAUCGCCGACGCUGUUCGAGUCGCGGUGCAGCUCGCCCCUUCAACUCAAUCUGCUCAGCAUGGAGGAGGGCCAGCGCUCGGUGGAGCGGCAGGACAGCACAGCGCCCUCUGUUGGUCUUCAGGGCGCUGGCGGCGUCGCGGCUUCUGUUGCUGCAGUCAAACUUGAAACUCUUCAACAGGAGUAUCCAGAAGAUGGCGCUCAUAGUGACGGUCAUUCCUCAUCAUGUGACCUGCUGAAUAUACUGCUCCAAGAGCAGGAGGACUCCCACUCUGGCACCGGCUCCGCAACCUCUGGCUCCAUGGGCUCGGGAUCAGGAUCUGGAUCGGGCUCAGGUUCGGGCUCCGCUUGCAAUGGCUGCGGCACAUCGGCGAGCGGAGCCUCGGGCAGCAGAACAGGGAGCAGCAACACAAGCAAAUACUUUGGAAGUGUUGACUCAUUGGAACAAGACCCCAAGACCAAGGCCAAAGCCAAGACAAGAGGAACAGGAGACUCUGAUGCAGGCCUAUCACCGGCCAAGAUGUCCGCCAAUGGGGAGGGAGAGCAUUUAAUCAAAUAUGUCCUCCAGGAGCCUCUUUGGCUGCUCAUGUCCAAUGCUGACGACAAGGUCAUGAUGACCUAUCAAAUGCCAUCCAGGGACAUUCAGAAGGUUCUGCGGGAAGACAAGGAAAGACUGAGGCAAAUGCAGAAGAGCCAGCCCCACUUCACCCCAGACCAGCGGCGAGAGCUGCUGGAGGAGCACCCCUGGAUGAGAAGAGGGGGUCUACCAGCUACUAUCAAUGUGAAGGAGUGUCUGUACUGCAAAGACGUUGUGGAGGCCCCCAUCGUAGAGACCCUGCCUGACAUGGACAUGUGCGAGCUGCGGGAGGAGCUGAGCCAAGAGUGCGAGAGCACUCACAGCCAAUCAGAGGAGCUGAAAGCCAAACUACAUUCUGGCUCCUGAGUUUGUUCAGCACUCACUCAACCAGCCACGGGCCCUUAAAAACAAUCAUAUUGCAAAUAUGUGACAAAAAAAAAAAAAGACCCUGUGCCUGGCCAUGCUCGACACUUGUAAACACACACGAACUGAAGCAGUGUGUGUGUGUGUGUGCGUGUGUGUGUGUCGACCCUGUGACAGACUAGACCGAGGUCGGACCAUGCGAGGCCUUGAGCAGCUGUCUCACACAAACAUUUUCCUCAAGGACAAUGUGAAAACAAUCUCGGGUUAUCUUCUCAAAAACACUCUUUGUUUCCCCAUCAGGUAUUUGACAGGAUGUUGUCAACAGGGACCUAUGCUUGUACAUUUCACCUACUGUACAUCCACAGAGGACAUGCACCUACUGUACAUCCACAGUGGACAUGCAGUCUGACUGUAACUUGCCUCCGCAGCAACCACAAACUAACCUUAUUUAUUUUCCACUCCGACAUAGACUCCGGUUUUAUCCAGCUACAGCCAAAUGAGUUGAUGGAUGUAUAUUACAGUACAUAUUUCAUGUCGAGGUCACUUUAGCCUUAGCACGUUUACAUUGGAGCAUACAGCCUCCGAGUAAAGAAGGCAUUUGCAUACUGUUGGCAGUAUUAUUUUUUCUCGGAAUUGCCAGAUAUUGCAAAAAAAACAAAACAGGGUGAUGUAUCCACAUGCAACAUGCACUUGGUAGAGGAAAAAAGGGAGUUAUCCACUCCUGAAGAGAGAAUGAUGUAGCCAACAAGGGGACCAUGGGGAAGAAAUGGUGCAAUGACAGACACCCUGCUGGGGCAGGACUUGUGAAUGUAUCCCGGACUGGACCAAGGACGUCUUACUAGCUUAGUUUAGGGGUUUUUCUCCCCCCCCCCCCCGUUCGUUCACAUUUUUAUACACUUUUUUUUUUGUUUAUUUUUAUUUGAAGUAAAGCUGGAUUAAACACGCGUUUGUGACAAUUCCAUUGCCCGAUGGACUUGAGGCUCCACGUGCAAUGGAGGGAACACCGCAGAUGCUCUUUUGUCUCCAUUCCAUGUGGGAGGCGAACACCGCUGGUAAACACCCACAAUGCAAAUGUGGCUAAAAGAAAUGUUGUUACGCCUUACUGUUUGUCACAAAAAGGGAAGUCAAUAUUUAUUCAAUGACCAGCUGGUGUGUGUGUGCGUGUGUGUGAGAGGAGGCAGCCUGGUCCUGUAAAUGCAUACACACCAUACUGGCACAUAUUGUGUGCGUGUGUGUGUGUUUGGUUGUGUACAUUUGUUUCAUUUCCGUAUGAAUGUAUGAAUCUUGAUGUAUGUAUGAAAUUAUAGUGCAGUUAAUGUGCAAUUUUGUAGGAAAGAAUUCGUGUUUGAAACAUGGAAA